UCCACUGAGUAUUUUUAAUAAAUUAUUAAAUCCAAAAUGGCGUGCAAUGAGAAUAUUAUAAAGAAUAUGGCAAAUGAAGUCACCAGGAACUGCCAAGUGCAGAAUGUGAACGUGGAGGCUGAAUUUGUAGCUUAUCUCAUUGAACUGCUACUACUCAACCCGAAGUAUGGGAAGUUAUUCUCGACUACCCUCAAUAGAAACUGCUUAGCGUACUUUGUUGAGGAAUGCGGCGCUAUGAUUUUGCGUGGCGGCACUUGCCUCAACACGUUGAAGAUGCAGUUCAUCAUGAGAUCCAACUACGACCGCCUUGACGUCCUCAUAGACAAGCACCAGGAGAACGUAGACAUGUGUCUAAAACCCCUGGUCAUCGAGAUGUUGGAGUGUGAACCCGAAGUUAAUGAUGAAGCGGAGAUGAGGAAGCUUUAUAGGAAAAUUGCUAUAUAUAUCAUACUUGCUAGUGGGUUGGGGAAUCCAGCAAUUAUUAUGAACCUAAAAGAGGGAAUGUGCGCAUUGGAAAGCGUCUUCUCCAUUGAUGAGCUACCAGCCAUAGUCGCCAUGCCGCGGAGUGAGCGGAUGGGCAGAGUGGAAGAGCUGCUGGAGAUUGUGUCUGGCGUGAGGCUGUUCAACCGGGACUGCAGGAAGGGAGGAGAUAUGAUACCUGAUCUACCAUUCGACUUGGUGGACGCCGGUAAAGCCUGUCUCUCAUCAUUGUCCAACUCCCUCAUAUCUGUGAUGCAACGGAUCAACAUGCUGACCACAGCCAUAGAAGAUAGGGUGAAGAUUCAAGACGAGACAGGGAACGUUUAUGUCAGUGUGUUGGAGCGGGCUGGUCUUGCUAUGUCCCACUACUUGCAAAUAUUCGAGCUGCUGAUCUUCAACCGCCAAUACGAGAUAUACAUCCGCCGUAUGUUGAUGGACGUGCAAACGAUGGUGGAUACGUCACAGGAGCUGGUGAUGAAGUAUAAGUCUGCGCUGGAGGAGCUGCACGCCGCUGUCAAGUAUAAGGCCGCGGUGCCGGUCGACACUGUGUUUCCGCUGUUCACGAAGCUAUGGUUGAUCUGGCGGGCGAUGCAGAACACCAUGUUUCUGGUGUCAACAGUGAACCGCCUGAUGGCCAUCAUCAACGGCAUACAGGACCACAACAAGAUACCCCAUCAUAUACUUGAUAAGAUGCUCUCUGGAAAGACUAUUAUCAAUGACCAGGAACGCCUCUGCAGCACAAUGCAUAUGGAGUCAGACGCAUCUCUCCACGACACGUCAUCGGCGGAGCUGGUCAAUGAACCCACGCCGUCUCUCAUGCCGGUCAGCGAUACUUGCUUCUCGUUGGCCAACUUGAGUGACAGCAAGCAUAUUGCCUUCCUGGGUUUCUGCACGAUGUGUCUGAACGUGGGCGCGUUCGUGCCUUGCAACCUGAAUGUGGGGCUGAUCAGGUACCACGGGGAGCGCUACGGGUUCUGCAACGUCAAGGAGGCUAUGCGGUUCACUAAAGACCCCCAUAGGUACAUGUCUGAAGUCCUUGAUUUCGCUCGUAACAAUCCCCACGUGAUUAAUCUGCUGAACAUCGAAGAACACGUCAGAAACGUGCGCGAUAUAGAACAGAUUGUCACUAAAUAUGAACCUAAAAUAAAGCUGUUCAACAGAGCCAUACAGACAGAAGUGCAUGCAGUGGAAGAGUACAUCGAACAUAACUACUCCUGGGACUUGUGGGAGUGGAAGAGACGAGCUUGUCAAUGGGCGAACAUAGUGAACUGCAAGACCCACUCAACUCAGACGAUCUACAGCCAUCUCCGCUCAGAGAUCCACUGCCAGACCUUCGAGCCGCGAGACAAGUGUCUACAGACGAAGAAGACCACCGGAAUGAACACCAAUACGUGCAACUUCUUCUUGUUUGGGCUGCGAGGGAAGCGUGGGGAAGGCCAGCAUUCCAUGGACAUGGUGCCGGAACACUCGCCCGAGAAAGCUAAAGCGAGCCCGAUAUUCCACUGCACAUGGCCGUGUGUGGGAGCGGUACAGUCACACAGCUCGCUUGGCAGUUCCUACCUAGGAUCGCAGGACUCCGAAGAGUCGAAUAAGGUCUUCUACAGACCCGACUAAGGCUCUCAGGUAGGUUAGGGUUACCUAGUGGCGUAAGCGGUCAGCAAAGUGCGAUAAACAGUCUUUUGAGAAAUAUAAUACAAUAAAAAAAACCGUACAAAGUAGUUCCACGAACACCGAGAGUCAAUAUCGUUACCGUAAACGCGUAGCCUGGAAUCUUUUUGAGAAUAUCCAGUGCAAUUUGCGAACUGGACAUUUUGCGAAUUGGUCAUUUUGCGAAUUGGACAUUCUGCUAAUUGGACAUUUUGCGACCGCUUGACAUUCUGCGCCUAAACGCCCUAGGACUAAGGUCGCCGUUUCAGGGGGGGGGGGGGGGGGUUAUCAAAAUCAGCCAAGACGGGACCACCCUGGCUGGCAGCCGAGGAUCUAGGGGGAGUAACUGGAUUGGGCAUACCUGCCCUGUGAAUUAGACCUCUUAGCGGCCACAGAAACUCUUACAUUUUCAAAAGAUUUAGGUAAUUAGCUUUAUUUCGGUGAAACUAAUCGAAAAAAAACUGUAUUUUGAGGGGCUGUGAUGUCUUGCGCCAAAUAUCCAGUUACAACUAACUUACGUACGUUGGAGACAACUAACUAAUUGGAUAUUUGCAAAAAAAAAAACAAAAAUUCUGGGAUAUUACUGCGUUAACCAUAAUGAGACUUACCACCGGUGUACGAAGAUCUACCUACCCCCAAGUGUCUUGUGAAGAGGCCCUAGUUACUGUACCGUACAAUAACUAUCCUAACUAACUACCGUACAAUAACUAGGGCCUAGUGUUGCCCAAUAAUCGACUAUAUAUCGAUUAAUAAUAGAUUAUUUUCUAAGCCCCUAAAUUAAUAUGGAUACUCUCGAUAUUGUAAAAUAAUUACAAUACUAUCGACUUUAAAGCAAAAACCGAUUAAUUGCAUUAUAAUCGAUUUAAUUGAUAGUAUUUCAAUUAUUUUACAAUCGAUUAUGUCGAUAUAAUCUAUUAUAAUUAACAAUUAUCACAUUAUUAUCGAUUAUAUAGGAUAUAAUUGUAAAAUUAUAAUCGAUAUUAUCGUAGAAUUUCCAAUAUCGAUAGACACAUCGAUAUUUCAGUUAUUUAGAGGUUUUCGGCAAUACUAUUAGCGCCUGUUCACAAGGCUCUCGGGGGUCCUCGACCACCAAUGGUCACUCAUUAUCCUUAAGGCAUUAUGGGGCUUAGUAGGUACAGCUCAGCCCCAUGAUGACUACGCCACUAGGACUUUAAGAUGAUUAGAAUUUUAGAUUAUUUAAGUUAGCUCCUGAAUUAUUUUUCCUUUAUUGUGAGCAUCUUAGGGAAAGGGACCUACUUAUCCUACUUUUUAUAUUUUUUAUUUUUUUUAUGGCGAAAAAUUUAAAAACUGAUAAGGCGGAGCUUAUGAAAUGGGAAAUGGGAAUAAAUAUAGAAUUUGAUAUCUAUAUUUUAUUUUUCUUUAAAAUAUGACUAAGUAUAUUACUUAUAGCCAAUAAAAGUAAGAAAAAUGAAAUAAAUGAAUAUAAUAAUCAUUCCCAUUUUACGUUUAAUAAAAACCACAUCAUAAGUUAAUGAGAAUCCCUCGUUACUGGUGGCCUAAAGGUUUUUGUAACCAGGCCAAAAAAUUCAAAAAAAAUAAUUCCUCAUUACUGGCGCGAGUUUAUCUACUAACAGAGUAACAGUAAAAUUAUA